AUGGGGCGUGCGCCAAUUCUGUACGUCAAUGAAAUCGCAUAUCCGAUCUUGGCGGCGUUUGGUAUCCCUGCCAACCUGGUGACGGCUGUGAUCCUGCACUGGGGAAAGUGCGGUCUCUCCAGAGGAAUCACGCGUUACAUGGUGGCGAUGGCGAUCUCCGAUCUGCUCGUCAUCUUUUUUCACGUGCUGCUCCGAGAAAUCUAUAUGUAUUAUCAGCCUAACUCCUUCCUGUCCCUCAGUGCAGUAUGUCCUUCUAAUAUUUACCUGCGGAUCGUCACUCUGGACUAUUCCGUCUGGUUAACAGUGUCCUUCACGUUUGACCGUUUUGUCAGCAUUUGCUGUCCGAAGCUGAGACUCCGAUAUUGCACGGAUAGUACGGCCGCCGUGGUUAUUAUGUCCUUGUUCGCCCUGAGCUGCAUAAAGUACAUCCCCUUUCACUUCAUGUUCGAGACUCGCUACAUUACAGAUAAUGUGAACUGGGGGUGUCAGCCCAAAGCCGCGUAUUUCACCUCCAAAUGGUGGGUGGCUUUCUCCUGGAUGAUUACCAUCUCCCUCUCCUUCACCCCUUUCGUUCUAAUCCUCGUCCUCAACGGGCUGACGGUAAGGAACAUCGUAGUGGCCAGUAGGGUCCGCCGGCAUCUGAAGGGGUUGGAAGGCAAGGAUAGUGAGACGGAGAAUCGGCGCAAGUCCAUCGUCUUACUCUUCACCGUGUCAGGCACUUACAUACUGCUGUGGACAACAGAAACUGUGGCUUUCAUCUGCACUCGAAUAACAGUCAACAUCGUGGGCGAGGACUACACAAGCCCCUCUUACAUCGCCAAUGACGUGGGGGUCUUGCUGAUGCUCCUCAGCUCCUGCGCGAACACGUGUAUCUAUGGAAUGACCCAGAGCAGGUUCAGAGAGGAGGUGAAAAACGUUCUUAAGCAUUUAGGUCAGUUUAUAUUUAAAUCCAUGAAACUGGCGCCGCACUCGGCGUAG